AUGACACAGGUGGGGGAUGGAUGCCCUGUUCCCACGAGAUGCUGCAUGCCAUGCACCAAAACUAAGGUACGGACACCUACCCGCGUCCCGUCAGCCACGGGCAGCAUCUUCAACAUUCCACCCGACUCUGCCACGGCCGAGAAAUCGGAACACCACAGAUCCACGGCGGAUCGCAGCUGCUUGACCGGCCCAUUUCCAUUCAAUUCGUGUUCACCACCCACCUCAGCUAGCCGCAGUCUUCAAACUUUAGACAGUCUCUGA